UGUUCUGGGAACACAAAUAUGUAGCUUGGGUGGGUCUAGUUCAACACAUCCUUACAGGCUGCUUACAUUUCUAAGGAAGCGAUUCACAACGAAAGCAAGUUAGUAGGGAUAUUUUUAAUCAUUUUAAUUUCAGAUACUUGAUAAACGCAGACAUGUUCUUAUAAAUUUGGCUCUUUAAACUCCACCUGCUGGUUAAUGCGGACAAGUAUAUUGACGUCAUAGCUUGACUGCUAGCUUACAUUAGUUGGGCAGGCAUUUGAAGAACCGAAGCUGGAACAGGGUGUUGACACUCGUGUUUUUAUUUUAACAAACUCAUUCUGAAGGUUAUUCAUCGCUAACGUUUCUUUCUUCAAGAUCCGACAUCGUCAUACAAAGUUUCUGGAUAUUAGACACCGCGUGGAUUUAUUGAAGCACAAUGUCCAGGUCUGAUUUUCCUCCGGGUUACGAUGAAUCCCGGCUGCUCUCCAACCCUGAUCCUCGGAGUGGUUUCCCUCCUUCUAACCCUCCGUAUGGCUUCGACUCAUAUGGGGGACCACCGCCUUAUCCGCAGCCCAACACAUACCCAGGACAACCUGGAGGGAACCCCCCGCAGCCCAACACAUACCCAGGACAACCUGGAGGAUACCCCCCGCAGCCCAACAACGCUUAUCCAGGACAACCUGGAGGAUACCCCCCGCAGCCCAACACUGCUUACGCAGGACAACCUGGAGGAUACCCCCCGCAGCCCAAUAACGCUUACCCAGGACAACGAGGAGGAUUCCCCCCGCCAUUUAUCCCUCCCAUGCCAAUCCCUGUUAUUUCCAACGAUUCGGAUGACAAUGAAGGAUUUACCAGCGCAGAAGGAUGGGACACUACUCGUAUCCGACACACGUUUAUACGGAAAGUUUACCUGAUCCUCGCUGUACAGCUUCUCAUCACAUUCGGAAUCGUGUCUAUUUUCACGUUUGUGGAAUCUGUAGCAGGGUUUGUGAGAAAAAACCCAGCAAUUUACUGGACUUCAUAUGCUGUCUACUUUAUCACACAUAUGGUGUUGGUUUGCUGUAAGGGACCCAGGAGACGUUUCCCGUGGAACUUGAUCCUCUUGACCAUUUUUACAUUGGCAUUGUCAUACAUGACUGGGGCAGUAGCAAGUUACUAUAGUACUAAAGCAGUAUUCCUCGCCCUGGGAAUCACUGCUGUGGUGUGCAUUGCUGUGACCGUGUUCUGCUUCCAGACUAAGGUGGAUUUUACCAAAUGUGCUGGACUUUUCACCGUGCUUGGAAUCGUGGUGUUUGUGACCGGCAUUAUCACAGCUAUCGUGCUGUCAUUCAAAUAUAUCCCAUGGCUUCACAUGUUGUAUGCAGGUAUAGGGGCCAUUGCAUUUACUCUGUUUCUGGCAUAUCACACCCAGCUGCUCAUUGGCAACAGGAAACACUCUAUCGGACCAGAGGAAUAUGUUUUUGCUGCUCUCUCGCUUUAUGUUGACAUUAUCCAGAUCUUCCUCUUCCUUCUGCAAAUCAUCGGAUUUGCAGAGAGAUAGUAGCUUCAAGCUGGCCGGCCGGCCUGUGUUGUCAUAAUAGCUUCGUUUUUAUGCACUAUGCAAUGUCUUCUCAGUCCAGUCAUGGACUGGAACAUGUACUCAAAUAAUUAAACUCUACUGAACUUAGAACAUGAUACUGCUCAAUUGUUAUUAGCUGUUAAGGGAUGAAUACAGUGUCCAUUGAGUAUUCUAACUGUAUGCUUACAUUCUCAUCAAAUAAGGGAUUUGUAUGUGAUGUGUUCCAUCAUUUUGUGUCAAAAGUCAAAAUAUGCCAUUAUAGAAGAAACAUUAGUUUGGCAUCGUAUAGAUGCACAGUGUUCAUUGUAGUAUGACAUCACUCAUGUUGCCUAUUUGAUUCGAUCACCCUCCUGUUAAAACAUCCAAGAUUUGACAGGAAAACAUGGAUCACUUUAGAGGGGUACUCAAAAUAAUGGAGUAUUAUAUACAGAAGUGGAUCUGUAUUAUGUAAACCUCUACUGUAUAGUCAUGGUUAUAGCUUUUCUGCUGUGUACAUAGAUCUAUUAUUUCAUCUAGAACUUUUUAAUACAUAUGUAACUCGCAAACAUCCAUAUAUUUAUAUAAAAGUAUAUCAGAUCACAGUGCUUGAGAUUUUUCUUUACUUUAUUCAUUUGAUACUACUAUGUGGUGCCUCUGUUUGUUUAGUUUCAAAUACACGCCGUAAAUACAAUAAAAUAGUAUUAACAACAUAAAUGGAAUAUUACAUUAUGCUGUUUUUUUUUCAAGUGCCUUUGUCAUAUUGUUGAAGAAUGGCUUCAAUUUAAAAUGUAUCAUUGUUAUUUUGGGAAUGGUCAUAUUAAACAUUGCAUAAAACACAUA